AUGUCGAGUGAAGGAACUCAGCCAACGAAGGUGACGAUCAUCGAAACUCAGUUUGUGGAAGCGGACGCAUCUCAGUUCAAAAUGGUAGUCCAGAAAUUCACAGGGAAGGAUUCGGUUAUGUCGAGCCAAGGAGCGAGCUGCCAUGGCCGAGAAAAUACGCAAAGUAAUAGAAGGAAGAGAAAUUUGCGGGCGGAGGCUCAGCCGAUGGCUGUUGGAGGAGAGGUCGAUGCGUUCAUGGUGGAGUUGUUGCCAUCAAUGGAGGAGUUGUAUGAGUUUUUAAGAGACUGA